AUGCCUGCGUUCAAACAAGUUGACGUCUUCACUUCGCAGCCUUUCAAAGGCAACCCGGUAGCUGUUAUUAUGGAUGCUAAUGGGCUAACUACCCAACAGAUGCAAGAAAUUGCCAAUUGGACCAAUCUUUCUGAAACAACGUUUGUGCUCCCAACUACAACCAACAAGGCUGACUAUCGCGUACGCAUAUUCACACCGAAUAGCGAAUUGCCAUUUGCGGGCCACCCCACCAUUGGUACUGCACAUGCAUUACUUGAAGCUGGUGUUGUCUUUGCUAAAGACGGAGCGCUUGUCCAAGAAUGCGGUGCUGGAUUAAUUAAGUUAACAGUUGUUCCAGGGCUGUCUAUCUCGUUUGAAUUACCAGAUCCAAUUAUUACGUCACUUGAUGAUGCUCAAAUUGAUUCGUUAGAGAUCAGUUUGGGAUGUGCCAUUGAUAGAAAGCAAAGACCUGCCCUUGUUGAUGUGGGUCCUCGAUGGAUAGUGGCACAUAUUACUGAUGCACAGACAGUUUUAUCGGUCCAACCAUCAUUCUCUGAAUUAUCAAAACAUAACAAGCAAAUGGAGGCUACUGGAGUGAGUAUUUAUGGGGAAUGGUCUGGUGAACACAUCGAAGUUCGAUCGUUUGCUCCAGUUUGUGGUGUGGACGAAGACCCAGUUUGUGGAAGUGGAAACGGUGCUGUUGCAGCAUUUAUUCGACACCACUCGGACUUGCUGCAAGUCCAGGUGUUGAAUUCUUCGCAAGGUAGAGUUGUUAGUCGUGAUGGUGCCAUCAAGUUGACUAUUGCCGAGGAUAAAAUUUUGUGGAAGUGUCUCAAAACCAUGACGACCGACACCGACGACCACCCCAUAACUACAGGAAAUAGAAGCUGGGUAGACAUAUUGCGUGAGAAAUCUUCCGAUGAUAGUAGACAAGCAGGCACACCAAGUUACCACCAGCCCACAUUGGCUCAAUCUUUACAGUUUAUAUUGCAAACAUUGGAUCAAGGAAACACCCUUUUCAACAGUCAGUCGAUAAGCAAGUUGCUUGCCAGCAUUGAAGUGAUUAACUCGUCACCAGAGUAUGAUGUCUACUCAAGCUACAAUAUACUCAAAACAAACACAUCACUCGUCACAACCCUUCUUUACCUAAAUUAUUUGUUAAGUCAUAAUGUGAGUUUCCACUACAUUGAUUCCUUACCUAGUUCAAUAAGCUCAAGGUUCAAAGUGUUUGCAUUACCUCCUUUAUCCAAACCUGAGGAGUUUAUCACCACCCCAUUGGAUUUAUUGAAUGAAAGUCAAAAGUCAGAGAAUUUGUACAUGCUACAGCUCCAAGUAUUAAAGCUCAUAGAUCACUAUGUGGAAAUGGAGUGUCAACACAUCGACACAGGGAGCGGUCCUGUACAAGCAAAGUUGAUACUCUCAUUUUACGAGUUAUUGCUUGCAAGUUUGCUAUCCACCCGCAUCUGUUGCAAAGAUUAUACUCAAACCAAGCGGUCUUGUAUUGACCAGCAAACUAGUGCAAUCCUUAAUGAAGUCCUCAACUUGCAGUACAAAGCGGUGAACGCUUCACGACUUUGGGUGUGCUUGGUCAACUAUGCCAAUGACAUUUGCUAUAGUGAUCUCAGAUAUAUAAACACUUUUGUUGAACUAUUCGAGGCCUUGAUCCAUCAGAAUGGAAAAGUUUUAAAAGAUGAUCUUGUUCAAGGUGGGUUACAAUUUUUUGUAGACACAUUCAAGCCGGACCAUGCUUGGUUCAAAGGGGUAGUGGUGGUGGAUUCUGUGGCUGACUGUACUAUAGAAUCUUCUGAGUUUAGUUAUUUGUACAGUAACUUGCAACUUUUAUACAACCCAACAACCAUGGUGCUCAAAUCUACAUCUGCUGGGAAUGUUUCUAUAUACCAGGUCUCGGGAUCUAACGUGUCCCGUUCGUUACCAGACUGGAUAGCCAAAAAGCGGAAGAAGGCUUUGAAACAAGAUAUAGACUACUCCAAUCGUAUUGAGCUAAUUCAAGAUUUUGAGUUCAGUGAGGCCUCAAAUAGGAUCAAAGUCUCUCCUGAUGGACAGUACUGUAUGGCAACAGGCACAUACAAACCCCAGAUUCAUGUUUACGAUUUUGCCAACUUGUCACUCAAAUUUGAACGUCAUACCGAUUGUGAAAAUGUUGACUUUGUCUUCUUGAGCCAGGAUUGGACCAAAUCGGUCCACUUGCAGGUCGACAGAAGUAUCGAGUUUCAAACCAAAGGAGGGAUUUAUUACAAGACUAGGAUACCCAAGUUUGGUAGGAGCUUGUGUUAUAAUGAAGUAAACUGUGAUUUACUUGUGGGUGCACUGGGAAACGAAUUGUACAGGCUAAAUUUGGAGCAAGGUAGGUUUUUAAACCCAUUACAAUUGGAAACAGAUGGAGGAGUCAAUAUGGUGGCUAUAAAUAAAGUGCAUGGUCUAAUAUCUGCUGGACUAGAAGAUGGUACUGUUGAAUUUUGGGAUCCUAGAUCGAAAUCGCGAGCAGGAAAGUUAUGGAUCGAUGAGCAAUUGAAUGAGUCUGGCAUACAAGUAUCGUCUGUCAGUUUCCGUCAAGAUGGAUUAAACUUUGCUUGUGGGACAUCAAGCGGAAAGACUUUACUUUAUGACCUACGUACCAACCAGCCAUCAAUUGUCAAAGAUCAAGGUUACGGAUUUGAAAUCAAGAAUAUUGAGUGGUUGGAAAACACAUUGAAGCCGGACACAGUUUUGACGAGUGACAAACGUAUUGCAAAAAUUUGGGAUAGAAAUACUGGGAAACCAUUUGCCUCGAUGGAGCCAACAGUCGAUAUAAAUGAUGUGUGCCAUGUUUCCAAUUCCGGUAUGUUUUUCAUGGCUAAUGAAGGUAUGCCAAUGCACACGUAUUACAUUCCAAACUUGGGCCCUGCACCUUCAUGGUGUUCAUUCUUGGACAAUGUGACUGAAGAGUUGGAGGAGAAGCCUUCAGAUACUAUUUACUCCAACUACCGAUUUAUCACCAAGGACGACGUACGUAAAUUGAACUUGGGCCACUUGAUUGGGUCAAAAGUUUUACGUUCGUAUAUGCAUGGUUUCUUUAUUGAUACAGAGUUGUACGAAAAAGUCAAUCUUAUUGCCAACCCCAACUCAUUACGCGAUCAACGAGAACGGGAUAUCAGAAAGAAGAUUGAAAAAGAGAGAGAGUCGAGAAUCAGAUCGACUGGGGCCAUCACAAGCACAAAGAUCAAGGUUAACAAGGAUUUGGCAAGUAGGUUGCAAGAAAAAGUCGGAGGUGAUGCAGCCGAGGGUGUCAUCAAUGAUGACAGAUUUAAGGAAAUGUUUGAGAACCCUGAUUUCCAAGUUGAUGAAGAGUCGCAUGAAUAUAAACAAUUGAAUCCGGUAAAGGCACCAGAAAAGGACAUCACGAGAUCAAGAGGAUUGACAGCAGCAGAGGAGUCAGAUGAAGAGAGGGCAGACGAAGGAGGCUCAGGGGAUCAUUCAGAUGAGAGUGAUGAAUCCGAAAGUGAGGAAAGUGAAGAUGAGGAGGUAAAGAAAGCAAACAAAGCCAAGCUUGAUAAAGAGUUGGCCAAGUUGAGGAAAAAGAAGGAAGAAGAAAAGAGGUUCAAGAAUGAAAUGAAAGUUCUUGCCAAGGAAGCACCAAAGGAGUCCACCAAGGCAAAGGAGACAUUUGCCUCCCAGGUCAAGAAUUUGCAUAAAAAUAGAGUAAGCAAGCCAAGGGAUGACUCGAGACUUCAAAGACAUGCAAAGGGAGAGGCAGAGCUCACAUUUGUUCCUAAAGGAAAAGAAAAGAAGUAUAGGCCAAGAAAAGGUGACGAGAAUGGUACUGAUAAGGGAAGAACUAAACAGAGAUUUGAAGGUCGUAGAACUGCUUCGAAGAACCAAUUUAGAGAUUCUAAUCCUCAGAAUCGUCCAAAAUACGUGCAGAAAGUUCAAUCAAUCCCACAAGCCGAAAUAUGGCGAAACAUAGUGCUUGGAGAAAUUUCUUCGAAGUUGACGCAGAUUAAUGAUUCACAAACAAGUGAUGCACGCCUUCGAGAGUUGAACGACGCUUUGAACCAAUUAUUUAAAGAAAAGCGAAGCUGGGAGUAUCAUAUAAAGAACCUUGGGGGCAAUGACUACAUUCACAAUGUCAAGGACAUGAUUAAUUCUGGUGUCAACGUUGCAGGGUGGAGGUACUUUGGAAGAGCAAAAGAGUUGCACGAUGUGAAAAAAAUGAUUGAGGAAAGGAAAAGGUUGGAUAAUAAGCAGAGUCGAGGCGAAAAUACCAAGGAUGUUGUGAAGAGAUUGGAUAAUUAUUAUUAUGGGAAAGAAAAGGAUAGUCAACAUCUUCUUGACUAUGAAUUAAAACGAAGCAAAGAAUUAAAAAAGGAUAACGAAAUAACUAAGAUGGUAUCACUCAGUGAACUACCUAGUCAAGAGCAGAUCACAGAAUGGUUGUCGGCAAAAAGUGUCUGA